GGUGACCCCAGUGUCCCCUCCCCGCCCCGUGUGUCCCCUCCCGCAGAGUCCGAGAUCAAAGGUGACAUUCUGGUCCUGGGCUAUUACCAGUCCGCCUUCGACUGGGAYGACGAGACGGCCAAGGCCAGCAAGCAGCACCAGCUGCGGCGCUACCACAGCCAGAGCUACGUGAACGGCUCCCAUUACAUCGCACGGGUGGACGAGCCGCAGUCGUGCUCGUACGUGCUGACCGUUCACACCACGCGCAUCUGCCACCACCCGUUCCUGCGGCCGGCCGCUGGCCUGGCCCCGCUGCCCAUCCGCUGCCAGCCCGCGCUGCCCCCCGCGCAGUACGUGCAGUACGUGCGGGCACAAGUGUCUGACACCAAGCGCAAGGUGGAGGAGAUCUCGGAGGAGCUGCGCACGUUGGACACGCGGCUCUGGAGUGACAGGGACAGCGCGGCCACCGCGGGGACACCCGGGGACACCCAGGACGGGAACCCACCAGAGCCUGCCAAGGAUGUGACAGUUGGGGACCAGGAGGUGACAGGGACAUCCCGGGCCCCCCCCGACCCCGCCGUGCCCCCUCCCCAGGUGGAGGACGAGCUGGAGACCGAGGGGCUCAAGGGCGAGUUUGACCGGACCCGCGCCAGCCGCACUUUGGCCACCACCCUGAGCCGCCUGAUGGAGCGGCUGGACCGGGGAGACCCCCGCGGGGGCGACCCCCGAGACCGCGACCCCCCCGAGCCGCCCCCCACCCCCGGGGGUCGCGGGGAGGAMGAGGAGGGGGCGAUGAGGAAGGGCGGUCCCAACGCCGGGCAAAGGGGAGGGGUCGGGAAUCGCGACCCCCACCAGGAUCGGGAGACCCCUCCCCAAGAUCGGGAGCCCUCCCCGGGGCAGCGAGACCCCCCCCGGGAGGAUGGGGACCCCCCCCGAGGGGAUCGGGACCUCCCCCGGGAGGAUCGGGACCCCCCCCGGGGGGAUCGGGACCCCCGCCCGGACAGCCAGAGCCCCCCGAAGCUGCCGCAGGUGGAGAGCGAGGUGCGGGAGCUGCUG